UAUAGACCAGUCGUUAUAGAGAAUCCAUUUUUUCCAUUUCGCGAUAAAAUAAAACGCAUCGAACCGUUUCGUGUCACGAGGGCGCGGCAGUUACACACGUGCCUCGAUUGGCAUGUUGUGCCGUUUGUGGAAAGUUUGCGUGUACUGGAGAAAUUAAGUUUCAUUCAAAGUAAUAGCAAAACAGUGCCCCAGUUGUCUGGAGGAAGCGUUGUCGAGCGACCUUGACUUAAUUUAUUUUUAAAACAAGAGCAAACUCUAUUUUUCUCAAAAUGAAAAUUGACGGUAAUAUUAGCUGUAGCCAGAUGCAGCAAAACUGGACCCGGUACAUGGUGAUGACCGAUACCAAAUCUCUGCGUAAGCCAGUUGAAUUUAAUGAAGAGAACGAGCUUCAAGUAUCUAUACCAACGAACAAAUUACUGGCGAAAAAUUUCGAAAACAUUAGCCCAGUCGAGAAAGGUAUUCAGAGUACCCCAUGGAUUCUUAACACUCCGGUUUGGACGUUUCAUAAUAGCUUGGUGCAGACUGGGAUCACGCACUAUGAAGGCGGAUGGCCUAGAGAUAUUGAUACGCACGACGAAGAAGUGACGGCAAGAUACAGGAGGAAACAGGAAAAAAGCGAAGCAUAUCUGUGUCAGAUGAAAGGACUUGCCAAGACUAUGGAACACGCAAUACUGCAAAAUAGUGCAUGUGACAUAUAUCAAAAUUACUUCGAAGAUGUUGAACAACAUGAACUCAUUGAACAGUUCAACUCGAAAACAGUGCACGUAUACAAAGACUAUCUGGACGUGCGACGGUCUUGCAGCUACAUUAGCUGGUCUGAAGAGGGUUUGCAUUUUGUAUCAACUCACUGCAAUAUAGGAGAGAUGAACAACUCGGUUACUGACUCCUACAUUUGGGAUAUCGAGAACCCUAAUGUUCCACUACAGACUUUGAUUCCACCUUAUCAAGCUCGUUGUAUGGAGUAUAACUUUAAAGACGGUUGUCAGCUAGCGGGCGGACUGUUUUCUGGUCAGAUCGCCAUAUGGGACAUUCGGGUUGCGAACGAACCUGUUGAGGUGACGCUUCGCGAGACCAGUCACAAAGAUGUAGUGACCAAGGUACUAUGGACCGGUACGAAAACAUCGAAUGAGUUUUUAUCGGGAUCAACCGAUGGAAGAAUCCUUUGGUGGGACAUGCGUAACCUGAAUGAACCAUACGAUUAUUUGAAUCUCGCUCCAAAAGAUGCUCAAAAUGUGGAUCCUAAGAGAUGUUUCGGUGUGUGUGCUGUCGAAUUCGAGCAGACAAUGCCAAACAAGUACACGGUUGGAACUGAGAAUGGAAUUAUCUACAGCUGCAGUAGAAAGUAUAAGACUCCUGCCGAUAAGAUCCAAGCUUUAACAUAUGCACACACUGGACCGGUAUACUCAGUGGAACGGAAUCCACUAUUUAUAAAAAACUACAUUAGCGUUGGAGAUUGGCAAACAAAGAUCUGGACGGAAGAUUGUCGUGAUAGCCCGAUAGUUUGGACCAAAGAAUACGCUGUUCAGCUAACUUGUGGGGUUUGGAGCCCGACAAGGUGUUCUCUCGUGUUUAUUUGCCGUAUGGACGGAGUAAUGGAUGCAUGGGAUGUUAUUCAUCGUCUAGAUGGGCCUGUGCUUCGUAUAAAGCUUUCUGAUGUCCCACUACUGGCUUUGAGAGUUCACAAAAGCGGAAAACUUAUAGCUAACGGCACGGAAAGUGGAGCCAUAUAUCUAACAGAAAUAUCGGAUAACCUAACAUUCAGCUCAGCAAACGACAAACCGGCACUGUCCGGUAUGCUAGAACGAGAGAUGCGUAGACAACGUUUGUUGGAAGCGAAGUUCAAGGAAAUUAAAUUGAAAGAAAAGGAAUUGGAACGAGAGAGAAUUCGUCGUCAGAUGCGAAUGGAAAAAGAAAAUUCUAUCGAAGACGAGGAGCGAGACUUGGUGUUUGAAGCCCAGCAUCAAUUCUGGACCAAGAUACAUGGCCGCAAAAGCCUGAAAACCACGUUGAAAGGACUUCGAAUGCGAGAUGCUGGGGUGAAUUUGUUAAAACCGCUUAAAAAGCCGCAGGCCGUGAAAAAAGAAAAUGAGUCGUAAAUAAUUAUACAUUCCAUAUUUUGCUAUAAAUUAUUGUAUUUACAGAUUGCAAUCUCGAUCCAACAUUGUUCAGGUGUGAUAUUAUACAGACUAACAAAAUUAUAUCGAAGAUUAUUAAAA